CGAACCAAAACUGGUUAGAUAGGGUGUCCAUUACUAGAGGUUGGUGUUUGAAAGCAUCUUGCUGGCAUUGCAGUACUUAAGAAGCCAGCCUUUUGCCACUAGCUUUGGAACAGCACGUGAUCAAACGAAGCAUCGGACGUCAUUGAUCACGUGCUAUUGUCACUUUGAAACGAGCAUCCGCACAUUGUGUGGAAUCCGUAGUGCUUUGUAAACUCAACUGUUCGUCGGAGCCCGGGUUUCGAUCUUCCCAUCACUACUCAGAACCACCCGAAUUUACAGUACAGUUAGUGGAAACUGUUCUCCGCGUUGCUGCACCACCCGUUUUGAUUGCCCGGUAAAACAGCUGUAAAUGACGGUGCGGCACUGCAUUGGAUGCUCUGACCUAAAAGGGUUCAUACAUUUACUUACGCCGGUUUUAUACCUGGAUACGGUUGCCGGGGGACGACAGGUGCUCUGGAGGCAACAGCAGGAGUGAGUCAGGUAGCUAGUUUAGCUUGAUUGCUAACCAUUAAUGGAGGAAAUAUUUAGCUAGUUAACUCUGGUUGUGCUUCUCCCACCCCCAGAUGUUCUAGCAGCUAUAGCUAGUACUGUAAGUACGCCAGGUGAAAUUGGUUGGGUACCCAGCUAGGUGACGUUAAAUUACCUAGCUAGUACUGUAUAUCAUGCAGCCUAGAUUGAUGGAUUUCUAAUGUCUAGCGACUUACAUGGAUCGUUGCUAAAUGAUUGGAUAGUCGAAAGGGAUUAAUAACGGUUUUGUAUUGCCAAAUAUAGUUUCAAUAACAGCUUGCAAUCUAAAAAUGUUACAACGGCAACGUUAACGAUAGCUAAGCUAACAAGCUAUUUAGCUUACUAGUUACUACUGUAGAAUGCAUUCUGUUAUGGAUUUGAUUAAUGAGUGCAGCCACACCAUUUGGUGACUAACUAUUUGCAGUUGCACGCUAGUUAUCUAAAUCACGUGAACGGGUAGACUUCUAUCAAGUGAACUCGGACUUGACACAGUUCUGGCCUGUUCUGAGAGGGCUAAGAAGCAGGUGCCAUGACUGGAGCUGGGGCUGAUGAUGACAUCCCAUUGGGUGAAAGAAAGACAGUCACAGACUUCUGCUACCUGCUGGACAAGUCGAAACAACUCUUCAAUGGCCUCAGAGAUCUUCCCCAGUACGGGCACAAGCAGUGGCAGUCCUACUUCGGCCGCACCUUUGACGUCUACACCAAGCUGUGGAAGUUCCAGCAACAGCACAGGCAGGUCCUGGACAAUCGGUAUGGCCUGAAGAGAUGGCAGAUCGGAGAGGUUGCAUCAAAGAUAGGCCAGCUCUACUACCACUACUACCUUCGCACCUCAGAAACGAGUUACCUGAAUGAGGCCUUCUCGUUCUACUCAGCCAUUCGCCAGCGGUCCUACUACUAUCAGGUCAACAAAGAGGAUCGACCUGAGUUGGUAGUGAAGAAGCUUCGGUAUUACGCCCGCUACAUCGUCGUCUGUUUACUUCUCAACAAGAUGGAUCUCGUGAAAGUGCUGGUCAAGGAGCUAUCAGAGGAAAUUGAAGACUACACACAGCGAUUCAACACCGAAGAUCAGUUAGAAUGGAAUCUGGUCUUACAGGAGGUGGCGGCUUUUGUAGAGGCAGACCCGGUGGUGGUGCUGAACGAGGAAAAUACCGUGGUCAUCACAUCCAAUCGGCUACAGGAGGGGGGCGUGCCUCAGUUGGAACAGGGAAUGGUGGUUGGCCAGCUCACUUUGGCAGAUGCACUAAUUAUUGGCAACUGCAACAACCAGGUGAAGUUCAGCGAGCUAACCAUCGACAUGUUCCGCAUACUCCAAGCUCUGGAGCGGGAACCAGUCAACCUGGCUACAUCGACAUCUAAGCCAGGAACAUUGGCCCUUACCCCAUGUCUUCCUUCACAGGAACCCAGCGAGAAGCCAGCCAAGAGGGAGAACCCUCACAAGUACCUGUUGUACAAGCCAACGUUCAGCCAGCUCUACACCUUCCUGUCAGCUUCCUUUAAGGAAUUGCCGGCAAACAGUGUGCUGCUCGUCUAUCUUUCAGCUACUGGAGUCUUCCCAACCGGACGCUUGGAUUAUGAGGGACCAUAUGACUUCGGAGGAGUCCUCACCAACACCAACCGUGAUGUGGUGAAUGGAGAGACAGUGCAGAAAAGGAACCAAGCCCAAAAAGAAAUGCACUGUCUUCACCCAGGGGACUUGUUCCCUUUCACUCGGAAGCCUCUCUUUGUCAUUGUGGACUCCUCCAACAGCACAGCCUAUAAGAAUUUCACCAAUCUUUUUGGUCAGCCACUGGUGUGCCUGCUAUCUCCCACAGUCUAUCCAAAGAGCAUGCAAGACCAGUCCCAACGCGGAAGCCUCUUCACACUCUUUUUGUACUGCCCCCUACUGGCCUUCCUUUCCGUUUGUGGCCUGAGCAGCUUGCGCCAAGGAUUGUGGGAUAAGGCCCAGGAUUUUCUACGCAAGGUGUACCGUGACAUCGGCCAGAUGAUUACGCGCUCACGAGCUAUAGACCAAGCCUUCCUUCAGUUCUAUGGUGACGAGUUCCUUCGAUUGUUACUGAUACGCUUUGUGUUCUGCUCCGCUACACUGAGACUGCACAAGCUUUUUCGGGAGUCCAGGAGCUUCCCAGAAUCCUACCCCCAGCUACCCAAACAGGACACGGUGGAGAGCAGUGUCCUGCAGAAGCAUGUUCUGGAGCUGGCCACCAUGUUGGAUGUGCAGAGCCUUUUUUGGGAUGGAACACUGGGUGUGAACUACUGACCUUCAGUUGGCCAGCAAAUCACGAGUGAACAAACCCAGACCGACCACAGACAUGCAGACCACCGCUAUACACACUCGCACAGGGGAGAUUCCUCGACUUUCAUAGGUAAUGAUGUUACUGAUAUAACAAAAAUAUUUAUUAUUUAUAAUGUCAGUUUUUUUUUUGUUAUUUUUUACCCAAAUUCCUUUUUUCACAUACUGUAUUGUCGUUAUAAUUUUUUUUAUAUCAGCUAUAUUUAUUUUCAACGUCCAUACAGCUUUUGAUGGAAUUCAGUGGCGUGCUCUGCACAUUUACAGUACAAACAUGUCAACUAGCUUCUUACAUCCACGUGAGAUGAGCAUGUACUUACGUACUGUUACAAAAAAAAAAAAAAACACACCAAUGAACACACAGCGCAGCUAUCUUAGUCUGAUGUGGGUGUCGAGCAGACACAUGAAGCAAUUGAGGGCUUUUCCACUUGAAAAGAAAAGAGAAAACAUUAAAUUAAGUUUGUCCUCACUGCCUGCAGUGGGUUCUAGAUAGAUGCUUCCAGCUAUCUGGGCUGAAAACAAACUUCAACGCAAGCUGUAGGGGUUACUCUUAUGUGGGUGGGUGGGUGGGUGGAUGUGGUGGCCAAGUCAACUGGCUGUAGAGUUUAGAGUGAGACUACUCUGCAUGUUUAUGUUUAACUUACUAGAUCAGCCGGUUUGAAUACAGAUCUAAUUCUAAUGUAAUUGCCUGUGCGUUGCUUUUUGUUUGUUUUGUUUCUAUAGUCCGCUCUGUAAAACCGAGGCCUAUGGGGUGGGGGGCUGGGGACAGUGUGCCUAUGCGGACCCUGAAGGACAGUUUAACCCUAAGUACCCCUGUGGUGUAGUCAGGGGGUGGCGUAGUCGGCAGCUCUGGAUGAUCUGCCAACAUGUCAGCCAGUGGUGCAGUGACCGGGCAGGCAGGUGGUCUCUAGUCUUUCACGGUUGCUCCUUGCGUCCGAGGAAGUUCCCGUACUGGGUUCCACACGGGUGUAGAUUCAAGCACCCCACAGGUACACAGCUAACCGACUGCUCACAGGACCGUCAACAUGUGUAAACGGACUAACCUCAGCCGACCUGGGUUUUCCAGAGAAUUCACGUGAGGACCCAGGGUUAUGCUUCUUCUGCUGUGGAUCUUUUAAAUGUUUUUCUUUGACCGUGACUAGAUAUCUAAGAUGUUGACAUGAUGCUUUGUGAGACUCAUACAUUGUAUGGGUGGCAGAGGCCUUUCUCUUUGUUUGUUGCAUCUUAAUAAGUGUAUGUUUCCUCAUAACCUCUCCUUUACCUGCUUUAUCCUGCCCAGUUAUUUCAGAUCAGUGGGGGAUUAAAUAAAUUAUGUUAAGGGAGGUACCAGUACUGAUUUAGAAACUGUUGGUUUCUGGGAAAUGUAGGACUUUUAAAUACCCUGUGUCAUUCAUAGUUAAUAAGCCUCUAUAAUGGCAUUCCUUUAACUGGUUGUCUUAGGCAUGAUGGUUUACUGAGAGAGUUCAUGCUGCGUUUUUUUUCUCUCUCAUUGCAUGUCUAUUCAGUAUUAUUGUCCAUAGCGUUUACUCUGUCGAGUUCAUGUUAGUCUGAUUGCAGGUUAGUUCCAACAACAGCCGUCUAGCCCCUGCCCUUAUAUGGCAGCAAGCACUGUCUUGUUUCCUUAUACAGGCGGGGCAAUGGAACCGGCUUGUGCUUGAAUGGACUCCUAGCAACCAUUUUUCAGUACAUGUUUGUGAUGGUGAACAAAGAUAGCCAAACAUUUUUAAGUAUUUAAUAAGAAAUUUUAAAUUUCAAAAGUAAGAAAAUAAUUACCACUUUAAAUGUGUAUAUUUAUGUAUAAUUGAAGAAAAAAAAAAAACAGUAUGUGAUACAGAGAGAUGUUUUUGUCUUAAGUACGUAUGUCAAAUAGUUAAUUGUAGUAACUGUGAAAAAGAUGUGCAGUUGUCAUAGCAAUUUAAUGACUUAACUGUGCUCCCAUUAGUGUUUUUUUUUUGGGUCAAACUCAACCAGCAUACAUUCCAAGGACAUGGAGGGUUGGGGGUCGAACUGCCACUGUUCUCCCCACUGUAACAUUGACAACCAAUGUGGACCAUUUCAGCAUGGGCUAUACUACCCCCAUGACAAUUAUAACAUUGUUUAUUUGUUGACAAUGAUCUUAUGAUUAAUAAUGAUGAAAAUAACAAUAGUAGCCUUGCACUUUACUGUAUUGAAUUGACUUAAUCUUAUUUGUUGUGCUGUUGGUAAAAAGGCAUGUCAGAGACUGUCCGUUCUGUUGUUCCCUAUGCCUCCCCGCAAUCCUUGUAAUACACAUUUAGGUCUCAUGUUUCUUGUCAAUGACAACUGACAGGAACACGGUCAUAUUUUUCGUAAAAAAACAUUGUUGUGACGUAUGAUAUUAUCUAUGUUCUUUUUACUAGAGCAUGCGUGUCUGUCUGUUUUUUGGGGGGCAGCACAGGGCAUGCCAUUGACGCACGAUCACAUGGGACAAGCAGCCUCGCUCACUGGAAAGCACAAGCUAGCGCAACGGGCUACACUACUAUAGCUCACCUUCAGACCCACUUUUGUAGAAACAUAUAAUCUACAAAGCCUCCGUGGACUGUGUUUCAUUCAAACUGCCUUUUGUUUUUAUCCAGUUAUUUCUUUCUUCCUCAAGCAUCUCACGGCCGCGACAUUGCAAUCCUGUUUUGAAUAAUAUCCUCCAUUUUUUUAUGAACAACUCCAGUUCCCAUAAGAGUUAUCACUGCCAAAACAAGUUGACUGAAAAGCUCCCAAGGGAAGACCAUGAAGCAUUACUGUCCAUUUGAGCAUGUCAUCCGUGUCACGGACUCGCUAAAUCACGAAGUAACAAACAUGAAAUCCUCAUGAAAAGAGAGAAAAGACCAAAUAGGAUAAUUUAUGUAUUGUGACCGUCACAUCUCAUAACACUGUGAAUUGUAUGCAGUAAAACCAUUUCAGGACACGUUUUGUCUGUGGGCCUUUGUUUACACCAAGUUGUUUCAAUCUUGUGGGGAUUUUACUCCUCCGUGGAGUGUUUUAUUCUGCAUUGUAGUUAGCAAUGAGGAACAAAAAAGCACAGGUACUCUUCUAUAUUUUUAUAGAAAGUAUAUUUAAAAACAAAAAGCUUGUUGUGCAAACUGUGAAGCAACCCCUUCAGUUGACCCCAGGCCAAAAUUAAUUUGACUAGUGAUCCUAGUACAUGUAAAGUACUUCUGGUAUUUAUGCAUAAUGUAUAAUAUAAUUUCAAUACCGGUAAACUUGUAAAUCAAGAUGUGACUGUAAUCAUUCCCAUGUCAGCAUGUAGUUAUAACUCCUAAUAAGGUAGAACAUUGUGAAACAGAAAGGAAUGUCAUUCUAUAACUACAUGUUAUUUGGAAGAGUUGUCAGUUGUGUGCAAUAUGUGUCUGUCUGAAAUGCGCUGAAGGUUUUGCAUCAUUGAAUAAGCCCUAUGUUAGUAAUGCAGUGAUAUGGAACAAAAAUAGAUUUAAUAAUGAUACUGAAUUCAUUUCUUGGGCCUAAUCUAAAGUGUUGCUUUGAAUGAAGUGUUCUUUCUACAGGUUCCUGCUGUUGUGGGAGGGAACGAUUUCAAAGUGAUAUAUUGGUCAGAAUACUCUUUCUUUAUAAGUUAAGGGUUUCUAGUGAUGCUAGUUAAACAUUAUUUGGCAUUCUGUGUUUAAAUCUCUAGGUGGUUCUUUCCCUUUUUUUUUUUGCCAAUUUCAUUUGAUGUUAUUUAGUAUGGAGGGAAACCAAGUUAUGUGACUAAAAUACCGGAACAUGCAAGCUUUUUUGAAUGCUCUUUAAGAAAAUUAAAAGUUUUUGUUUUUGUGUAAAA